AUGGGCGUUCAAACCGUUGAGUUCAAGCCCUUCCAGGACCAGAAGCCCGGAACCUCCGGUCUUCGCAAAAAGGUCACCGUUUUCCAGCAGCCGCAUUACAGCGAGGCUUUCGUUACCAGCAUUCUGCUGUCCAUCCCUGAGGGAGUCGAGGGCUCUUUUCUCGUCAUCGGUGGCGAUGGCCGCUACUACAACCCUGAGGUGAUCCAGCUCAUUGCCAAGAUUGGUGCCGCCUAUGGUGUCAAGAAGCUCCUCAUCGGUCACAACGGUAUCCUCUCCACUCCAGCUGCCAGCCAUGUCAUCCGUCUGCGCAAGGCUACUGGAGGCAUCCUUCUGACCGCUAGCCACAACCCUGGUGGCCCCAAGAACGACUUCGGUAUCAAGUACAACCUUGCCAACGGUGGCCCUGCCCCCGAGUCCGUUACCAACAAGAUCUACGAGUUCUCUAAGACUUUGACUUCAUACAAGAUCGCCGAUAUUCCCGAUGUCGAUAUCUCCACUGUUGGCACCCAGACUUAUGGCGACCUUGAGGUCGAGGUCAUUGACAGCACCACCGAUUACGUUGCUAUGCUCAAGGAUAUCUUUGACUUCGACCUGAUCAAGAAGUUCUUCUCCACCCACCCCGACUUCAAGGUUCUAUUCGACGGUCUUCACGGUGUCACUGGUCCCUAUGGAAAGGCCAUCUUCGAGGAGGAGCUUGGUCUCAGCAACUCCAUCCAGAACUGCGUGCCCAGCCCUGAUUUCAACGGCGGCCACCCCGAUCCUAACCUCACCUACGCCCACUCUCUGGUCGAAGUUGUUGACAAGAACAACAUUCCCUUUGGUGCCGCCUCCGAUGGUGACGGCGACCGAAACAUGAUCUACGGUGCCAACGCCUUUGUCUCUCCUGGUGACUCUCUGGCCAUUAUCGCUCACCACGCCAACCUCAUUCCAUACUUCAAGAAGCACGGUGUCAACGGUCUUGCUCGAUCUAUGCCCACCAGCGGUGCCGUUGAUCUUGUUGCCAAGGCCCAGGGUCUCGACUGCUACGAGGUCCCUACCGGCUGGAAGUUCUUCUGUGCUCUCUUCGACGCUAAGAAGCUCUCCAUCUGCGGUGAGGAGAGUUUCGGCACUGGCAGUGACCACAUCCGUGAGAAGGAUGGUCUCUGGGCUGUGAUCGCCUGGCUCAACAUCAUUGCCGGCGUCGGUGUCCAAAACCCUGAUGUUACUCCUUCAAUCAAGGAGAUCCAGAAAGAGUUCUGGACCAAGUACGGACGUACUUUCUUCACCCGCUACGACUACGAGGACGUCGACUCAGAAGGUGCCAACAAGGUCGUUGGCGAGCUCGAGAAGCUCGUUGCCGACUCUAACUUUGUAGGCAGCACUAUUGAGGGUCGCAAGGUCACCAAGGCUGGCAACUUCUCUUACACCGAUCUCGACGGCUCUGUAGCCUCCAAACAGGGUCUGUACGCCGGCUUCUCAUCCGGUAGCCGUAUCGUUGUUCGCCUUUCCGGCACUGGCUCAUCUGGAGCCACCAUCCGACUAUACAUCGAGCAGCACACCGAUGACCCCUCCAAGUAUGAGCUAGAUGCUCAGGAUUUCCUCAAGGAAGAAGUCAAGUUUGCCACCGAGCUCCUCAAGUUCAAGGAGCACGUUGGCCGUGACGAGCCUGAUGUCAAGACCUAA